AAAGGUCUCACCGGUGUAACCGUGGGAGACGGGAUGACCUCACAGCUGUAAGACACUGGACAAGCAUGUGUGUAUCUGUCCUGGCGGAUCUCUUCUGUAGAAAUGCUGCUCCUGGACGUGGGAGGUGUGUUCGGGUUGAGUGUGUGGUCUCUGGCUGUGUGUGUGACCGUCGUCAGCGUCCUGCUGGUCAACACUGAUCUGUUCCUGACUAAAGCACAGCAGUCUGCUCUGGACACACUGGCUAAUGCUGACCUGAAAACCACCACAGGGGCGGGGAGAUCUUUUAAAGCCAGCCACCUGUGGGAAAAGACCGGAGCAGUGAUCAUGGCUGUGAGGAGACCUGGAUGAUUUUUGUGCAGAGAGGAAGCCUCUGGGCUGUCCUCUCUGAAACCCCAGCUGGAUGUGUGUGGGGUUCCUCUGUAUGCCGUGGUCAAGGAGCACGUAGGGGCAGAGAUCGACUCUUUCAGACCCUUCUUCUGUGGAGAAAUCUUCCUGGAUGAAACGCGAUGUUUCUAUGGAAACAAGCCGAGGAAGAUGAUGGGGCUCGCCUUCGUCCGCGUAGGGGUGUGGCUGAACGUCCUACGUGCCUGGAGGAGGGGCUACGUGGGCAACAAUAUAGGGGAGGGGUUUAUACUUGGAGGCCUUUACGUGAUUGGACCAGGGGAUCAGGGUAUUCUAAUGGAGCACCAAGAGAAGGAGUUUGGGCAUACGGCAGAUCUCAGAUCCGUUCUAGAGGCUGUGAGCCGAGUCCAGAGAGCUGAAUAAAGCUCCCAGCACUGACCGCCGAUCGGCCCUGUGGAGCCCUCCGUGACAGGAAUGACCGCCAGACUCGCUUGUUCUUCGUGUGUAAAGCGUGUGUUGCUGUGUGACUGGAGAGUGUUAAUGACAGACUGGCUUUAAACUCUGUGGAGGAGCAGGCGGUCUCGACACCUCAGCACUCUGCAGUACUGCACCAGGCAGCAACACACGCACGCCACAGUCUGACAACGUUACCGGUGAAACGUUGGUGUUAAAGGGAUUUUUGAUCGUUUUCAGUGCUGACAAAUAAUGAAUACAAUAAAAGCCUCUCUCAAAACCUC